UUCUCUCUUUUAUUCUCUUUUCUGUACAUGAUCGCGAUUAUUGUUGAAAAAUUUUCUCUUCUCUCAUUCUCUCAGAAAACUUUUCACCAUUUAUCCUGUAUUGUAUCCUCAAUGGCAGGUGGAGAAAAAUUACUCGAAUAAAAAUUGUAAUUGUUUCAGAAUAAAACGAUGUCUGAAAAGUGGUAGAGUACUCUACUCUACUCUAAAUAAAUAUAUAAAUAUAUAUUUAACAAUUUGCUAAUUGGGUAAGAGUGUAGUAAUUGAAGUUUCUUCACGAGAUGACCCACGCGAUGAUCUGAUAUCAAGUUUUCAACGUCGACGUAGCGAUUACACCACUGAUAUUGCGUAAAACUAUUUUUCGAGCGUCACAAGGCGACAAACAAACGAUAGCACUUAAUGACCUUUCCGCCAUCCGGUGCAUCUUAAUAUUUCUUGGAUUUUGCAAAUAAUUAUAAGAGUUUGAAAUAUAUAGUAAAGUGUAUGCAGUUCUUCCCCUUCUUCUUCCCCUUAUUCCGUUUGUCUUUUCAAGGUUAAUCCAAUCAAAAGGAGAAACGUACAAUUUUUUAUAUUUUACAAUUUAGAGGCACCUGCUAGGAGAAUUUCGACUUUAUAUUUUUAUCUAUUGCUUUUUACUAUGUUAGGCUAUUAUUAUUUAGCGUGUUAUAGCAGGCAGUUUCCUCCGUUUAAAAAGAUUGAAAGUUUUUGUGAAAAAUAAAAUUUUCACAUGAGGAUAAAGAACGAGAACGUUUGUUCCAACUUUGCAAGUUUUCUUGAUAUUAAGCCCUUAUUGAUUGAUUUUCUUUCUGUUUAGUUGUUCUCGGUUUUGAUGAGAUUCCAGAAUGGAAUAUGCACGGCUUCAUAGCGAGAAUCUCAAGUUGGCAAAUCGGCAGAAUAUCGUUUCUUUUAUCGCCCGGUGAUAGUAAUGACGACUAAUGUCCAUUAGCAUGGCUCGACGGUUUUAAUCUCAGUCUCCGCGUGUCCGUCAUCCGUUCCGUCGACACCGCGACCGUUCUCUCUGGUAGAUGAUUGAAAAUGGGUAUCCUCAAGUUUUACAAGACUCCUGGACUGAAGGCUGGUCAGCUUAAGAGCAAACUACAGAAAGUGUCGCAAAUUGAAGCCUCGGUGACCGAUCUUGAAACUGAGUUGUGUUAUUACAUCGAAACGACUGAUCCGCUCUUGGAGGAAGAAAUUAAAAUAUUAAAAUGGAUCUUGACACCUCCGUUGGAAAGAAAAGAAAAAUGCUUGCAAAGUGGCAGUGUCUUUAAUGAAAAUGAAGACGGUGCUGUUGUCAUUGAAAUAGGACCCCGAUUGAAUUUCUCGACAGCGUUUUCUACCAAUGCAGUUUCUAUAUGCAAAUCUGUCAAUUUGGACAAGGUAACGAGAAUAGAAGUAGCUAUCAGAUAUCGCAUCAAGCAUAAUAGAACCCUCAACAAACAAGUAGAGAAUGCUAUCGUAGAUGUAUUGGGGGAUAGAAUGACAGAAUCUAGAUACGUAAAACACAUUGAAACAUUCGAUCAUGGCUUCAGGCCAGAGAAAUGGUUUGAAGUUGACAUAAUUGGAAAAGGGAGAAAAGCUUUGGAAGAAGUCAAUUUAAAAUUGGGUUUGGCGUUCGACGAUUGGGAUCUAGAUUUCUAUACGGAAUUAUUUUUGCGAAAGUUGAAGCGAAAUCCGACCAGCGUGGAAUGUUUUGACCUUGCUCAAUCCAACAGUGAACACAGUCGUCAUUGGUUUUUUAAGGGGCGCAUCGUUUUGGACGGCAAGGAGCAAGAACGAUCCUUAAUCGAUAUGGUCGUAGACACGCAGAAUUACUCGAAUCCAAACAACGUGAUUAAAUUCAGCGAUAACAGCAGCGCGAUCGAAGGGUUUCACGUUCCCGUCCUGCGUCCCACGAAAUCUUAUAAAUGCAGUAAUUUCCAUCAAGAAAACGUCAGGCAGCACCUUAUCUUUACGGCGGAAACGCAUAACUUUCCAACCGGCGUGGCACCAUUUAGUGGCGCGACGACUGGUACCGGAGGUCGACUAAGAGACAUUCAAGGAAUCGGCAGAGGAGGAAACUACAUAGCGGGCACCGCGGGUUACAGCGUCGGGAAUCUUCAUAUUCCAGGCUAUGAUUUGCCAUGGGAGGAGAAGGAUGCGGUUUAUCCCAACAAUAUGGCAUUGCCGUUGGAAAUAAUAAUCGAAGCGAGCAAUGGUGCUUCCGAUUACGGGAACAAAUUUGGGGAACCCGUCGUGUCUGGCUUCGCGCGUUCUUACGGGGCAAUUGAUAAUUCCGGAGUUAGACGAGAAUGGAUCAAGCCCAUAAUGUUUAGUGGAGGAUUAGGAACUAUGGAUGCGAAUCUGGCUAAUAAGAUUCCAGCGGCACGAGGUAUGAGCGUGGUCAAGAUCGGUGGACCGGUCUAUCGAAUUGGCGUGGGUGGCGGUUCAGCGAGCUCCGUGGAGGUCCAGGGUGAUAACAGUUCGGAGCUGGAUUUCGGCGCUGUGCAACGUGGCGAUGCCGAGAUGGAGCAAAAAUUGAACCGCGUGAUACGCGCGUGCACGGAAAUGGGCGACGAUAAUCCUAUUCUUAGCAUUCACGAUCAGGGUGCCGGUGGUAACGGUAACGUUCUCAAGGAAUUGGUAGAGCCCGCUGGUGCCGUGAUCUUCACGAAGAGCUUCGACCUCGGUGAUCCCAGUAUUAGCACAUUGGAGCUCUGGGGAGCGGAGUACCAGGAAAGUGAUGCAAUCUUGUGUAGAUCAGAAGACGGCGAUUUGCUCAGGAGUAUAGCUGCGCGCGAGAAAUGUCCGAUCGACUUCGUUGGUACUGUCACCGGCAAUGGAAAGAUCAUCGUUUCCGAGGAGGAGAACUGCGACAUUUCAAAGUAUCUUGAUAACGAGGAUGAAAACCUAGACAGGAACAAGCAUCCGGUGAAUCUCGAGUUGGAAGUUAUUCUUGGGAAAAUGCCUCGUAAAAUCUUCAAUAUGGAUAAGGUGGCGCCGCAGAGGUUUCCGUUGAAGCUACCCUAUGGAUUAACAGUGCUUGGUGCUUUGGAUAGAGUUCUUCGAUUACCUUCGGUGGCUAGCAAACGGUACCUCACGAACAAAGUGGACCGUUGCGUCACGGGUUUGGUGGCUCAGCAGCAGUGCGUUGGUCCACUGCAUACUCCUCUAGCGGAUGUCGCCGUGACGGGCAUUUCGCAUUUUUCUGUGGAGGGCAUCGCAACUUCUAUCGGCGAACAACCGAUCAAGGGACUGGUGAACGAUGCGGCGGGCGCGCGUAUGACUGUAGCCGAAGCCCUCAGUAAUUUGGUGUUCGCGAGAAUCUCCAGCUUACGGGAUGUCAAAUGCAGCGGUAAUUGGAUGUGGCCAGCAAAACUUCCAGGCGAGGGUGCAGCGCUCUAUGAAGCUUGCUCGGCAAUGUGCACGCUGAUGAAAGAACUCGGAAUCGCAGUCGAUGGUGGCAAGGACUCCCUCAGCAUGGCCGCGCGUAUUGACAAGGACGUCGUCAAGGCACCCGGUACUCUCGUCAUAUCCUGCUACGCGCCAUGUCCCGACAUUCGCCGAGUGAUCACGCCAGACCUCAAAGCACCCACCAUGGGACGGCAAGGUUGCCUGUUGUUCGUCGAUCUAUCCUGCGGGAAGAGCCGGCUCGGUGGAACAGCAUUGUCUCAGGUUUACAAUCAACUGGGCGAGAGAGACGACGUACCGGACGUCGAAGACGCGCAAAUCCUCAGUUGCGCAUUUGAUGCUACGCAACAGCUGAUUGCCAAUAAGAUGGUCCUUGCUGGCCACGAUGUGAGCGAUGGCGGGCUGAUCACGUGUCUUCUAGAGAUGUGCUUCGCCGGCAUGUCCGGGAUAAACGUCAACGUAACUCACAGACUUGCGUCUGCCGUCGAUGUGUUGUUUUCCGAAGAAGUCGGCUGGGUACUGGAGGUCGAUGAGGAAUACCGCGAUGAAGCGAUACGAGUGUUCCAGCAUUUCAAGGCUCCUGUGUACGCGAUCGGUAAAUCGAUAGGUCUUGGAAUGAACUCGGAAGUCAUUGUCAAGGUGCACGACGAGCUCGUACUGAGCACCAAGGUAAUAGAUUCAAUGAAUAUUUGGGAAGAGACCAGCUAUCAACUGGAACGUCAUCAGAUGAAUGUUACGUGCGCUAUGGAGGAGUUUUCCAACCUUCGGGAACGAACCGUACCCGCCUAUCGUUUAAGUUUCGAUCCCGCUAGACCCUCGAUACCAAAAGAUCUGCAGGGACGCGUCAAAGUCGCCGUGAUAAGAGAGGAGGGUAUCAAUGGAGACAGAGAGAUGGCCUCUUCUCUACUCGAAGCCGGCUUUGAUGUCUGGGAUGUUACGAUGCAAGACUUACUGGAAAACCAUAUUACUCUGGAGAUGUUUAGAGGCGUUAUCUUCCCCGGUGGAUUCAGCUACGCGGACGUCUGCGGCUCUGCUAAGGGAUGGGCGGCCAGCUUCCUCUUUCAUCCGUCCUUGCGCAAGCAGUUGCAGCAAUUCGUUGCUCGGGAGGAUACUUUUAGCUUGGGUGUUUGCAACGGCUGUCAACUGAUGAGUCUGCUAGGCUGGGUAGGAGACGAGAACGUCGAGAGCGGACCAGGGAUUCACUUGGACCACAAUAUCUCGGAGAGAUUCGAGUGUAGAUGGAGCACUGUAAAGAUCGAAAAAUCGCCGUCAAUUAUGCUACGAGGAAUGGAGGGUAGCGUGCUAGGUGUAUGGGUGGCUCACGGCGAGGGCAGGUUCACUUUCCACGACGAGGUUCUGGAAACUCUCAGGAGAAAUAAUUGCUUACCAAUCAGAUUCACAGAUGAUUAUGGCAAUCCAACGGAGCAGUAUCCAAUGAAUCCGAACGGCAGUGUAAGUGGUAUCGCCGGUGUUUGUUCGAAAAACGGUCGACACUUGGCGAUGAUGCCGCAUCCGGAAAGAUGCACACAAAUGUGGCAGUGGCCUUGGACACCAGCACAGUGGAAUAUUCAAACUUCACCAUGGCAGCGAUUGUUUGACAAUGCAUAUACUUGGUGCCAAGAGCGCAAGCAAGAAUAAACUUACCGAAUUCAACAAUGUAUAUGUUUCAUUUAUAAAGGAUUGUAUUACACAACACACUCACACACACAAAAGAUUUAUAAUAUUUUAAUCUCUUAUUUAGAUUAUUUUCUAUUGAAAAGGAUGUAGUAAAUCUUAUUGCCUUUUGUAUUUUUUUUUCUUCUAAUCAUUAUUCAGAGUGCAAUUUCCGCGAUUGUACUAGAUGUUGAUACGAUAUACGCCCAGAAAUUUUUGAAAUAAAACUUGUUUGAUUCACUGUUAAAUCACAUUGCCCUAAAAUAUAACAGGUCGCUUGU